CUCACACAAAAAAAACUCUAUUUAUGGCCUUCUAUUCUUGUUACUACUUUUUUUCAUUCUUUCAUGUUAGUUCCAUGGCUUCUCUUUAUUCUAAUUAUUUUCCACCUUCGCCGUUCUUGAUUUAGUAUUCUUUCUCAUGGUUUUUUUGAGCUGUUUGGCCAAAAUCCUACUUAUAUUUUAGAGCCAGCUGGUGAGUGGUGGUCAAGAAAAAAGAAAAAAAAAAUUCUUAGUGUGCAUAUACAUAAGGCUGAAGCAAUCUUAUUAGUGACUACAAAACAAAACCAAUUUGCAAAAAUCUUAAGUUUUACGUGUUGAUGGAGAAUCAUUCUGGACUUGUUGAGGAUCAACAUCAGAUGGAGUUGCCACCUGGAUUUCGAUUCCAUCCAACUGAUGAAGAAUUGAUUACUCAUUAUUUGUCUAACAAAGUUGUGGAUAGCAAUUUCUUUGCUAUUGCUAUUGGAGAAGUAGACUUGAACAAGAUUGAACCAUGGGACCUCCCAUGGAAGGCAAAAAUGGGUGAAAAAGAAUGGUAUUUUUUCUGUGUGAGAGACAAGAAGUACCCAACAGGGUUGAGGACAAACAGGGCAACUGCUGCAGGUUAUUGGAAAGCAACUGGAAAAGAUAGGGAGAUUUACAGAGGAAAAUCUUUGGUUGGCAUGAAGAAAACUCUAGUUUUCUACAAAGGGAGAGCUCCAAAAGGUGAAAAGACAAAUUGGGUCAUUCAUGAAUUUAGACUUGAAGGGAAAAUGUCUCUUCAAAAUCUGCCCAAGACAGCAAAGAAUGAAUGGGUGAUUUGCAGAGUAUUUCAAAAGAGCUGUGGUGGAAAGAAAAUCCACAUUUCAGGGCUUGUGAAAUUGAAUUCUGAUGAAAAUGUAAUGGGAAAUUCCUUUCUGCCACCAUUGACAGAUUCUUCUACUUCCAAAUCCAGCCACGUGCACUGCUUCUCCAAUUUUUUCACUGCUCAAAAGAGCCAACAAGAAAUGACAAACUGUUUGACAAAUUGUUUCAACAAUUCUCCUUUGCCUGCUAUGUCAAAUCCAAUGGAUAAUUUUCCCUUAACUUCUCUUUCAAAUACAUUUAACCCAGUCCCAGUUCAAAGUACCUUCACAAAUCCAGGUUCAUUUGGGGUUCAAGAUCCUGGAAUUCUUAGGACUUUUCUUGAGAAUUAUGGUCAGAAUUUAAAGAAAGAGGAGAUUUUUAGUGUGUCCCAGGAAACAGGACAAAGCACUGAUAAUAUGAAUACUGAAAUUUCCUCAAUUUCUUCAAAUCUUGAAAUGAGAAAGAGGUUUCUUGAAGAUCAGGUGCCACCAUUAGCUUUGGUUGGACCACAGGGUCUUGAUUGCCUUUGGAAUUACUGAAAUUCUUGAAAGAGAAAUGCCAAAUAAGCAAAAAAACAAAAACAGAAAAAAAGUGCAGAGAAGAGGUAGAAUUUUAGUAGUAGUACUAGUUAUUCUGGUGUGGAAUUGAGUGUAUGUGCAUGGAUUUCUAAUUACACUGACGGCGUAAAAACUUGUUUAUACUGUCAGUGAAUAUAAGUUAAAUUCAUCGCACAAAUACUAUAUUAAUGUUUUGCUUUGUUGCUUCUCAAGGACAACUUAUUAUGGUGAUGUUGAAGUUGUGAUUUUAUAAGUAGUGAAUGGUGUAAGCAUGAGACUGUAGGAGAUCAAGUUGGUGAUUUUGUAAUCUUUUCAUGUGUUUUUUUCCCUGGGGAAACUAUAUGCUGUGGACCCUCUCCCCUCAUUAGUAUUUGUAUUUAGUUAUAUGUCAUGAUUCAAAAUAAGUCUCA